AUGGUUUUGGAAGCAGCAGUACUGAUUGUGGAUAAUUCAGAGUUUUCCAGGAACGGGGAUUUCCCGAGAACUAGAUUCGAAGCGCAGAUCGAUGCCGUGGAAUUUCUAUUCCAAGCCAAGCGUAACAGCAACCCUGAGAACUCGGUUGGGCUUAUUUCGUCUGCCGGAAGUAACCCUCAGGUUCUCUCAACUUUCACAUCGGAGUUCGGAAAGAUUUUGGCAGGUCUACAUGACACCACCAUUGGCGGGGAAACAAGACUGACCACUGCCAUCCAGAUUGCAGCGCUAACGCUCAAACAUCGUCAGAACAAAGUUCAACACCAGCGGGUCAUAGCAUUUGUGUGCAGUCCUUUGCCAGAGAGCGAAAGGGAUGAACUCAUGAAGCUAGCCAAGAAAUUAAAGAAGAACAAAAUUGCAGUCGAUGUGGUCAACUUCGGUGAGAUAGACAGCAACACUUCCAUCUUGGAAGAGUUCAUUCAAACUGUUAACAACCCUCAAGAAGAAAGCAGUCAUCUAGCCACGGUAUCGCCCGGCCCUAGGUUACUGUACGAACAUGUUGCUGCGUCUCCUAUAGUACUAGAAGAAGGUGCGGAGCCUGGAUUCGGCGGUGUCGGAGGAUCGGGAAUGGGCGGAGGUGACAACUUUAUGGAUUUUGGAGUGGACCCAUCCAUGGAUCCGGAACUUGCUUUGGCGCUGCGUUUGUCCAUGGAAGAGGAACAGGCCAGACAGGAAAGACUCAGGCAAGAGCAGGAAAACAGCACCGGAACCAAGAACGAGGGACCCUCGGCCAGCUAA